AUGAAUUUGAGAGAGUUGGAAGUGAAGAGCUUGCCUCAACGACCAUUCGGCCUCCGAACGAGCCAGCCGAUUGGCAACUCGAGACAAGGAAAACUGAGCAGUCGUUCAGCCGAGACGAUGCUAGAAAGGGGAGAGGAGUUGGAGAAAGCGAUUAUGAAUCUUCACCCAGUCCAUAGUCCAGUCCUGCUGGCGUUUCCGGCCAAGGUCCUCCAACAAAUUCUCGCGUCAAACCAACUCCUGGCCGAGAAAAGUGAGUUCGAAGUGCUCAGUUUCGUCUCACGCUGGUACCAUUGUCGCCUGGUCUCCUGUCAGAUGGGUCUGGAUGAGCCUGAUCCGAGCCAGCCUCACUUCAAUCAGCCUUGGCUGAAGAUGUCUUUCGAGAAGUUUUGUGCUAUCGCCAAGCAAAGAGUGGCUGCUCUCGCCAAUCCUGAAUUGCAAGACGUGUCUCCCAUUGAAAUGAUCUCCAACAAUUCGAUGUUGAUGCAGACAACAAGUACAGACCGGCAUGACUGUAAAUUUGGAGGGAGUGUCGAAAAAUGCCACAUCGUAGACAGAGGCGGCGGGAACGAGACAGAAGGUGGGAAAGAACAGUCGAAUUCGGGCCUCUGCCUUGCCCAUCACAACACAACGUUAUUCGUUAGUCUGCAAAAGGACUGUGAAUCUCUGCUCGAGGAAGGUGUCCGAUUCAGGCUCUUGCCCAUCGAAAUGCUCAAAUGCCUCCUGACGAUAGUAAAUUUGGUGCAGGCCAGAGAGAAGGCGAUACUCAACAAGUUGACAGAGAAAGACAACUAUCGUAAGGCUGAAGUGGAGAGUGAGGAGGCGAAGAAGACGAAGAAGUGGGAUUGGAAAAGCGAAAGAGAGGAGAAACAGGCUUCCGGAGACCGGGCCGAGCAGCGUCGGUUAAAAGUGAUCCGGCCCCGGGUCACAUCGGUUCACCAGAAACUGUCUCAACGACCAUUCGGAAGCCAAACGAGCCAGCCGAUCUGCAAGUUGAGAAAAGAAGGACUGAUCACAGGUUCUACCGAGACGUUGCUGCAGGGAGGAGAGGAGAUGGAGAAAGCGAUUAUAAAUAUUCACCCAGUCGUCAGGCAGAUGCUUCGCCCAAUGGCAAUCGAGGCAUUAAUCGAAGUGUUGAUGUCCGGCGAGGCGAAGAUGAGACGACAAUAUGGCAGACGGGUAGGCGGGACAUAA